CUCGUCUCUCUCAUUCUGUUCGGCAAGAUUUUUUUUAACCAGUCAGAAGAAGACCGUCGUAGAUGCUGGUCUUGAGCCAGCAUUGCCAAGCUGCAAAGAACAUCUGCCAAAGUACAUUUAUCACUGCCAUUCUGUACCUGUCAGUAGUCCUUCCAGGAAAUCAUGCCUCCCCUGCCGCGCCAUCGCUCCAUGCGAAUCUUUGUGAAUGAUGACCGGCACGUCAUGGCCAAGCACUCGGCCGUGUAUCCCACGCAGGAGGAGCUGGAGGCCGUCCAGAACAUGGUGUCCCACACGGAGCGGGCCCUCAAGGCCGUGUCCGACUGGCUGGACGAGCAGGAGCGCGUCGCUGCCAAGCCCAGCGGGGGAGAGGGAGACGGGGCAGACAAAGAGAGUGAGACCAAAUCUGUGGAGCAGCCAACACGGUCUCUGCGUGGAGUCAUGAGAGUGGGGCUGGUGGCCAAAGGCCUGCUUCUGAAGGGUGACCUGGACUUGGAGCUGGUCCUUCUCUGCAAAGAUAAGCCGACCAUCACCCUGCUCAAGAAAGUGUCCGACAACCUGGGAGUCCAACUGAAGCUGAUCACGGAGGAGAAGUACGAGGUCACGGCAUCCAUUCGCGAUGCCAGCAUCGUCAUCAAGAACUCCAAGGAGCAGCCCCUCACCCUGACCAUCCACCUGACGUCGCCAGUGGUGCGCGAAGAGGCCGAGAAACAGGCAGCCGGAGAAUCGCUAACAGUCAACGAUCCCCCGGAUGUUCUGGACAGGCAGAAAUGCCUUACUGCCUUGGCGUCUCUUCGCCACGCCAAGUGGUUCCAGGCCAGGGCCAACGGACUGCGCUCCUGUGUCAUCGUCAUCCGUAUCCUGAGGGACCUUUGUGCACGUCUCCCAGUGUGGGCGCCCCUGCGCGGAUGGCCCUUAGAGCUCCUUUGUGAGAAAGCCAUUGGCACAGGGAACCGUCCAAUGGGAGCCGGCGAGGCUCUUAGGAGGGUAUUGGAGUGCCUGGCUUAUGGCAUCCUGAUGGCAGAUGGUUCUGGAAUCUGUGACCCAUGUGAAAAAGAGCUGACAGAUGCUAUCGGCCACAUGGACCGCCAACAGAGGGAGGACAUUACACAGAGUGCUCAGCAUGCGCUCAGGCUCUCGGCCUUUGGGCAGCUACACAAAGUCCUGGGCAUGGAUCCCCUGCCCUCGAAGAUGCCCAAGAAACCCAAGAGUGAGACACCCAUUGACUACACAGUUCAGAUCCCACCCAGCACGGCCUAUGCCCCUCCCAUGAAACGCCCGAUAGAGGAGGAAGAGACCAACGAUGACAAGAGCCCCAACAAGAAGAAAAAGAAGCUACAGAAGAAAUCUCCUGAGGAGAAGGCUGAACCUCCGCAGGCCAUGAACGCCCUCAUGCGUCUGAACCAGCUGAAGCCGGGGCUGCAGUACAAGCUCCUCUCCCAGACGGGGCCCGUGCACGUGCCCGUGUUCACCAUGGCCGUGGAGGUGGACGGGAAAACGUUUGAGGCCUCCGGCCCGUCCAAACGCACUGCCAAACUGCAUGUGGCUGUCAAGGUCCUGCAGGAUAUGGGCCUGCCAACAGGUGCUGAGCAGAAGGCAGCUGAGCCGAUCAAGACUGAGGAGACGGCCAUCAGCGAGGAAGACACGAAACCUGUGGCCACCCCAGCCGAAGCCGACACUGCCACUGCGACAGCCAAGACAGAGGCCACAGAUAGUGCUGAGAGUGCCAGACAGCAGGGCCCCAUCCUGACCAAGCAUGGGAAGAACCCUGUGAUGGAGCUCAACGAGAAGCGCCGUGGCCUCAAGUACGAGCUCAUAUCCGAGACGGGCGGAAGCCACGAUAAGCGCUUUGUCAUGGAGGUGGAGAUUGACGGACAGAAGUUUCAGGGCUCUGGCUCCAAUAAGAAGGUGGCCAAGGCGUAUGCUGCCCUGGCUGCCCUCGAGAGGCUGUUCCCUGAGGGCUCCGUCUCUGAAGUGACCAAAAAGAAGAAGCUCCCUCCCAUGCAUGCUCAAGGUUUCGGCAUGAUGGGCGGACCCCCAGCUGACGCCGCUGCCAAUCCCAGAGGCAGAGGGAGGGGGAGAGGCAGAGGGCGGGGCAGAGGUUUUAAUAAUGGCGGUGGCUAUAAUCAAGGUGGUUAUGGAACAUAUGGAUAUGGAAACAAUGCCAACUCGGGAUAUACUGAUUACUACAACAAUGGAGGAGCUAAUGGUGGUGGCUCCACUUCAGGAGGAGGAAGCCCAGGAGCCAAUCAGAGUGGAGCAGGGGGAGCAGGCAGUUAUAGUUCCUACUACUCAUCUGACUCCAGUUACACGCCCACACCACCUCCCUCUAAGCCUCCUGGCAAAAAGCCCGCUAUGCAUCCAGGGGGGGGCAAACCUCCCGGUGCUGCCCCAGGGAACUACCAGGCUACGCUUCCUCCUCCAGGGCAGGGAGGUUAUGGCACAUAUGGACAAGGCUACGGCCAGGGCAAAAAGAACUUCAGCCAGGCCUCGGGUGGUACACCGGGGGGAUACUCUAAUUACAGUACUGCCUACCCAAGCCAGGUCACCGGAGGAGCUGGGGGACAAGACUACAGUUAUGAGGGAUAUGGUGGCCAGUCAAGUUACAAUGCACAGGGAGGACAGAGUUAUGGUGCUAGCCCAGCUCCUUACCACAACCCUGUGGGCUAUGGCCGUGGGGACCCCAACAUGAACUAUCAGUAUAGAUAAACUGCCCCCCCCCCCCCCCCCCCCCGUCUUUAGUCCUUCCCUCCACUCUGUUUCUACCCCCUUCCCUCGGUGGCAAAAGUAGCAGUGACCCCCUCAUGAUGCCCGACUCUCAGAUCCAUCGUGUUGGAGCUCAGCUCGUUCACAAAGGGGGCUUGAACUCGAAUUGAGGCAGUGUUUGGAGGGUAAAAUAGUCUCUUUCUGUGUUUUGAUCUUAUUUUUUUAUUUUCCUUUUUUUUUUAAUUUUUAAAUCAGUGCAAGCCUGUGAAACUGCCCAUCUUAACAAGUGAACACCACCCAUCACAUGCAUGUUGUGACCUCAUGUUUGUAACGUGACCUUUUGCUGAUGGCGUCUGUUAGUGUCCCAUUGAAUGGGCCAAACCUCUCAGUCUCCCAUGGUGUUUGUACCCACUCUCAGAGCGUUUUAUUGCAGCAUCUCCACCUGUUUAGGUUUUUAAGUUUGGGUCUACCUUUCCCCCCCCUAUAGCCCAAUGUGAGCCUUGGCUCACUCCUUCAUGAAUUCAUUUGCACGAGUAUCUGUUUCUUAGUGUUACCAGCACAUGCAAGGUAUUUUUUUUUCCAAGCAAAUCAUUUCAGACUGACCUAAUUUAAGUAACAGGUCAAAAGUAGCAUUCAGUGUGUUUGGGAGGGAUGUGUUUUCUCAAAUGUUGAAUGUGAAUUUAUAUGAAAUAAAAUUUUAUUUUGAAGGAA